CUCCGGUGGUCACGUGGUACGGGCCUUUGUUGAUGUGAGUCGGCGGUGAAAGCAGCAGACGAACCCCGGUCCCGGUCCCGGUCCGUCCGUCCGAUCCACCGCCCGCUCCCACGCCUCCCUGCCCGGCGCGCACUCGCUCCUCGUCGGCCUGGACGCUGCCGGGCUCCGCUCCGCGUCCCCUGGGUGUUUUCGGUGUCCGCGGCUCGGCUCGGCUGUUCGGGCGGGGGGAUGGAGGCUCGGUCCGGGCUGUGAGCAGGCUGCUUUCAGGGGGUGGGGGUCGGCGUGUGAAGCCCCAGGCCCCGCUGUGCCUUUGUUUUCCCCGGGUCUCCUGCUCGGACUCGCACCCCGAACCACGACCGGGACCAACACCGGAUUAACCCCGUUUUCUGUGCGGAUUACCUGAGGAGCGGCUCGGUGCUCGGUCCUUCGGCUCCUUUUUCUCCUGUUUUCAGCCCCAUUCAUCCGCACCCCCUCCCCCUCCUCCGCCUCCAUCAUGGCUCCUUUGUGCCGCUCCUCCUGGCUCCUGCUCCCGCUGCUCCUCCUGCUUCUCCCUGACGCCGUCCGGAGCUCCUUCCCCCGCGGCGGAGGCAGCGGCAGCCCGGACUGCGGCCCCGGGAAGGCCGCCGACUGCCCAGAUCUGUCAGAGAAGAAGAGCGACCUUCGUGUUUGCGACGCCGGAACGUGUCGCUUCGGAGGAACCUGUCGAGAAAACGGAGCCGACAUCAAGUGUGUUUGUCAGUUCCACUGCCAUAAGAAGUACAUCCCGGUCUGCGGAUCCAACGGAGACACGUAUCAGAACGAGUGUUACCUCCGACGAGCCGCCUGCAAGAAGCAGAGGGCCAUCAGCAUGGUGUCGGACGGACCCUGUUACCACGAUGGAGGUUCAGGUUCUGGAGACGGAGAUGACGAAGGCUCCGGUCGCGGGAAAAAGGCCUCGAAAUGUGGAAACUGCAAGUUUGGAGCCGAGUGUGAUGAAGACUCUGAGGACAUGCUCUGCAUGUGUAACAUCGUGUGUAACGGACACAAUGACAACCCGGUGUGCGGCAGCGACGGUGUGACGUACGACACGCCCUGCCACGUCCGAGAGGCGUCCUGCCUCAAACAGCUCAAGAUCGACAUCAGACACGUCGGACGUUGCCAAGACAAAAGUAGGAAGGACGACAGUGUGAAGAUCAAACCAGACGUCUACGCUGUGGCCAAACCCGGCGAGGGGGAGGGCUUUGUGGAAAGCUCCGCCCCCUGUCCCGAUGACUACGCCCAGUUCUGCGAACACGGACAGUGUGAGAUGAGACACAACCUUCCGACCUGCAGGUGCGAGGCGGCGUACGGCGGUCCGCAGUGCGACCAGCUGCUGGACUUCAACAUCCUGUACGUGGUGCCCAGCGGUCAGAAGCUGCACUACGUCCUCAUCGCCGCCAUCAUCGGAGCCGUGCAGAUCGCUGUUAUUGUCGCCGUCGUCAUGUGUUUCACCAGGCGGUGCAAUAAGACGAAGCGUGGGCGGAGACAGAAGCAGCACCUGGGACAUUUCCCGUCUGGGACGUCGUCCAGGAUGAUGUAGCGUGUCCUGCUCCAGUUUUUUAGUUUCACGUCUGUUUUCAUGACACGGACCCACAGACUUUUGGAUCUGGACUUUUCCGGUGCCUCUUUCUUCUGUUGUUUUUGUAAAACCUGUGUUGGAUUUCUUAGGGGGCCUUAUUUCUACGUUUGUCCGAGGUGGAUGGGAUGUUGGCCGUCCUCAGACUCUGAACACUGUGGAACCUCCGACAGGACUCUGAACCUUCUUCUUCUUCUUCUUCUUCUUCUUCUUCUGAUUGUAUCGCCGUCGCCCUGUGAGACGCAGCCUCUCAUCUGGACUCAUUCUGUUCAUGGACGCCACGGCCACGUCAUGGCGUCCACGCUGCCGUUCCGCCUUCCCCUGUACGCGCUACAGGUCUAUCAGGGACCGGUCUAUCAGGGACCGGACCCCCGUACAGGUCUAUCAGGGACCGGACCCCCGUACAGGUCUAUCAGGGACCGGACCCCCAUACGUCGGGGUCUGAUCCUGCGUCUCACAGGGUCCGAUCCCUCACUUUUCUUUUACUUGUUACGAUCAUGAUGAUGAUGAUGAUGAUGCACCUGAAAACCAAAAUGCUGUUUUUUCUACUGCCUGAAAAGAGUAAGGUCCAAACUAACAUGUACAGGAUGUUGUUAGAAUUAUUUUAUUGCUUCUGUUUUUCAGACGACCAUUCCGGAAAUGGAUUCCAAUAUUUUAUGUGUUUUGACAAACUGACACUAAUUUAAUGAUUCCAGUUUGUUGUUUUGGAUCUGAUUUGUAUCGAUGGUACGAUGUGUCUUGUUGGAUGUUUGUCGUGGUAGAAGGAGUAGAUUCAAUAAGCUCGGCCGCCGGCGUCUACGGGUGGAGGCGGGGCCUGGGGUGUGGGGGCGGGGCCCGGCGGCCUCAUUAACGUAGAUGUGUUUAAUGCAUGAACCAGUGCUGAUGUUGUUUAGACUGUGCUGUAGAUGAACUAGAAUUAAAUUAUGACCUUUAACCUGAACCGUGUUCACUUAUUGAAUGUGAUGAGAUUUAAGGUUGAAAUGAUUGAACUUAGGUUGACAUUCAUUUAAUUAAACUGGGCAGGUGUCGGCAUUUCCAGCGUUUGUGCUAAAUGUACAAAAACAGAUAAGUCAUUGUUUCCAGGUUAAAUGCAGAUUUUUGUCCUGAAUGAAAGUUGAACCCAGAUGUCAUUUCAAUUAUUUACACAAGAUGAAACAAGAUGAAAAGAAAAUUAAAACAAGAUAAAAAAGAUGAAA